CAUUUACAAAUAUCAUCCUGUCGAUUAUCUUGUAGCGUACAAUUUUUCAAAUUCCGCGUCACAGUAAUGAAGAAACCAAACAAGUUUAACCCGAAGAAAACUCCACGUUACUUACCAGGCUGUAUUCCCCAGCAAGCAUCAGAUGAUGAUCUACGCCGGUAUAACCAACAUCUCUACAGGAUUUUCUCCGCCAAAGCGGUUGUGGACGCCUGUCCGCCCCGAAUGAAUCCGUUUUGCUAUCUGAACUCGAGGAAGUUACAUCAAGACGCUACGAGACUAAGAGAGAUAGAUACAGACAACAAAAAACUAUUGAAAAAAAUCAGUAUUAUCAAUAGAACCGGUGGCAGAGUAGACUCGUACAAUCCGGAUGCCUAUCGCAGAAUAGACAAAUGGCCAGCGUAUAAUCGGAAGAUGAAGAGCGUCGAGGUGGAAAACAGAAAAAUCUACACCUCACUGCAGACCGUACAGCAGCAUUACGACAACGAGAGGCUCCGAGCCGAAUGGAGGGAGACUCUGAAAACGAUCAAACACAGCUGCAGGUAUCCUUUGGUGAUCCUCGCGAAAGCCUCACUCGACGAGACUUUAAAGAAGGAGUUAUCGAUAAGUUAUUUGCUGGGUGAUUAUUUCGUUGGCCCUAGAACCCGAUGUUUCCUCGAAUUCAGUGUAUUGGGCGGGAAACGGCUAGGCAAAAUUGUAAUCGAAGUGUACGAAGACCGUCUUCCAGUGACAGCCAAGAAUUUCGUGGAGUUGUGCAAGGGUGACACGCUGUCGUACAAAAAUAACUUGGUCCACAGGAUAACCAAGGGUCAGUACAUGGAGAUGGGCGACAUAAUUUACAACAAUGGGCGUGGUGGUCGAUCCGUGUACGGUGACAGUUUUCCCCAAGAAGGUCACCGGCUAAGACACACCAAAGCGGGGGUAGUGUCCAUGAAACGAGUAGGUCGGCAGCUGAAUCACUCGCAAUUUUGCAUUACAUUUUGCAAGAUGGAACGGCUCGAUUUUAAAAAUGUCGUUUUCGGGUACGUCGUCGAAGGAAACGAUGUUCUGGUGGUUAUCAAUAACUACGGGCGCAAAAUUGGAAAACCAUUGGAAAGAAUCUUCGUGUCCGAUUGUGGUGUAUGUUCUAAUACCAACAGUAUUGAGAAAUGAGAAGCUUGUUUCAUUUAGUUUGUAGUUUCUUGUUGUGAAGUCGAGUAUUUGGUUGGGUCUAUGCUUGUUUACUAAGUUUCUAUCGUGGUGGUAGUCUCCCAAUAUUAAUUAGUUUUUAUAAAAAAAAAACAUUUAUCGCUGCUAUGUGCGGAGGAAUGCAGUGAAACUAAGAAGCAAUACAAAAAAGUUGUAAUAAGAAACAACACAAAAUACAUUUCAUUGGCACAAAGGUCCUCUAAACACUUGGUAACUGUUUAUCAUUGGCAAAAUAUACUCAAACAACAAAUUAUUAAAAAAAAUUAAAAAAAAAAUAAAUAACCAAAUUUUUCAUCUUGCUCCAUAUAAUCUGUAAGAUGGGUCCGAGCAUCCAGAAAGAUAGGGUUGAGUUAUGGCUUGCAGUAUUCACAGGCGAAGAGUAGAUCAACAGGGUCAUUUGCAUCCGCACCAUAACAGGAAGCGUGAAACCACUUUUGACAUACGAUCCACUCUUCGCUGCUCUGAGUAGGUAUGAGUGUUAACCGUUUUGGCAUUUUCUAAUUUUUAACAUUGAGUGGUUUUUGUUUGCUGUCGGGAAUCUUUUUUGUGAUUCCUUAAGCUGUUUCUUGUCUGGGAAAUUAGAAUGGCGGUUUUACCCCUUCGGUAGCUUUGUAAAUUUAAAAAUUUUUUUUGGGUGGUUGAGUUUUUCUACUGCUGUGGUAGAGAUUUUUAAGUGAGGUAUGAAAGCCGUACUUUAACCAAACUACCAACUUCACCUUCUAUGAAAUUUUCACUGCUCGUGGGUGAUGACUGAACGCCACUGCAUGAAAUCAUAUUACUUAUAAUGGAAGCAUUUUCAAUGUUAGAUUGAGCAGUAUGCAUUU